AGCCUAAAUGUUUAAUACUGUAAACUUUUUACUAUAUCUGCAAGUUUGCAACUCUCUCUCACAACCAUUUGCAUCAAACACCUGGACUGCGCCAACACAAGCUUCAACUUUUCAGCUGGUUUAAUGUUUUCAUCAUUGAACUAGAGUUGCACCACAGCUCAAUGGAUGCUGAGCACAAGUUGGAAGUCCGGAAACUAGAGAUAUUAGAUAAAAGCAAAGGUUUCAUAGAGCUAUUGCAACAAUUAACCAUUUGUGAUUCUGUUUCGGAUAAGGAGUUUGAAGAGCGUUUUCAAGAGAUCAACUCAUAUGGUGAUGACCAUCUUAUUUGUGUGAUUGAAGAUGAUCGUUCUGGGAAGAUUAUUGCAACUGGGAGUGUUUUUAUUGAAAAGAAGUUCUUGAGGAAUUGUGGUAAAGUUGGACAUAUCGAAGAUGUUGUGGUUGAUUCUGCCGCCCGAGGGAUGCAAUUAGGAAAGAAAAUUAUUGAUUUUCUUACAGAUCAUGCUCAUUCAAUGGGGUGCUACAAGGUGAUUCUUGAUUGCAGUCUUGAGAACAAAGCAUUUUACGAGAAAUGUGGUUACAAGCAGAAAGAAGUUCAAAUGGUGAAGUAUUUUAUUUAAGAAAUAAAAUUUGUGUCCUCUUUCUUGUCAAUAUUUGUUGAACUUCUGAUUCUCCUUGCCAUCCCUUGCAAACUUGAGCUGAUAAAAAAAUCCAAAUCCUUUACGUUCCA